UAUCCAUACCCUUCCAUGACUAGUACCAAUACCAAUCAUAUUCGUAGAUACUAUAAAAUACGAUGGUCUAUCUUUUGAUGGUAGCCAUAACAGGUUCCCCAGGUUGUAUACUAUCCAUGUAUGAUCUGAACUCCAGCCUAGGCCUUGGUAGACCAUGUUGUCAUUUGACCCACGCGUUAUGGCCCUCGAGCGUCUGGAGGCACUCGCCGCUGCUUGCAUCCCAGAUCUUGACGGUCUUGUCACCUGACCCUGCGCCAGCCGGUUCGAGUUGUGAGAGAAGGCUCUGAGCCGGACUACGCGCUAUGGCCCU